CGGUGGCGCUGAGUCCCAGCGGCGGGGCCCUGCAGGGGUUCGGGGCGCGAUCCGCUCGGUGCCCGCACUUCGAUGGUUUGUUCCGACCGCGAUGAGCCGCCCGUCCUCCGCCGGACCCAGCGCUAGCAAACCUUGCGGCAAGCAGCAGCAGCAGCACACGCCGUCGCCGGCUGCUGCCCCCGCCGCUGCCGCCAGCGCCGCCGCUGCCGCCACCAUCUCGGCUGCCGGGGCCGGCUCUUCGGCGGUGCCUGCCGCGGCCGCCGUCCUCUCGAGCCCUGGCGGGGGGGAAGGCAGCGGGGGGCCGGUCUCGCCUCAGCACCACGAGCUGACCUCGCUCUUCGAGUGCCCCGUCUGCUUCGACUAUGUCCUCCCGCCGAUCCUGCAGUGCCAGGCCGGCCACUUGGUGUGCAACCAAUGCCGGCAGAAGCUGAGCCUGUGCCCCACGUGCCGGGGAUCCCUGACCCCCAGCAUCAGGAAUCUGGCCAUGGAGAAAGUGGCCUCGGCCGUCCUCUUCCCCUGCAAGUAUGCCACCACGGGCUGUUCGCUGACCCUCCAUCAUACAGAAAAGCCAGAGCACGAAGACAUUUGUGAAUACCGCCCGUACUCCUGUCCAUGUCCCGGUGCCUCUUGCAAAUGGCAGGGCUCAUUAGAAGCGGUCAUGUCUCACCUCAUGCACGCCCACAAGAGCAUCACUACCCUGCAAGGAGAAGACAUUGUCUUCCUCGCCACAGACAUUAACUUGCCGGGGGCUGUCGACUGGGUGAUGAUGCAGUCGUGCUUCGGGCACCACUUCAUGCUGGUGCUGGAGAAGCAGGAGAAGUACGAGGGCCACCAGCAGUUCUUUGCCAUCGUCCUGCUGAUCGGCACCCGCAAGCAAGCUGAGAACUUUGCAUACAGACUUGAGUUGAACGGCAACCGGCGGAGGCUGACCUGGGAGGCCACACCGCGGUCCAUCCAUGACGGUGUGGCGGCGGCCAUCAUGAACAGCGACUGUCUUGUUUUUGACACUGCCAUAGCACACCUUUUCGCAGAUAAUGGAAACCUUGGGAUCAACGUCACUAUUUCUACAUGCUGUCCAUGAGACUUCGGUGUAAUUAGUGAGACGGAUGUGGUUGUCUGGACAUAGUGUUUUUUUCCAUUCAUGGUUUUUAAAAUGUAUUCAACUAUGUCUUCAUGAGUAGUCGGGUUCUUCUUUAGCCUACCAUUUUGUAACUCCUCCCCUCCCUCCUUGGGCUCUUUGUUAAAGCACAGAUCACAGGGCAAUAAACUGAUGGAAGACGAGUUUAUCCUGUUAAAUCAGAAAAAGAAA